AUGGGAUCUGAUCCACAGUACAUCAAGUACCCCGACCUCCUCCUCGCUCAACAUGUCUUCAACCUCUCCAACCCUGCAUGCGCCCCAGCUGUCCAGCAAUCUUCAUUGAAGAAGCUGCAAGAUGUCAUCACCGAGCGAAAGAUGGCCCCCUUCUACCGCCAUCUGGCUCACCCCACGGAAGGAAUUUUGAAUAAUGUCGGCGAAGGUACUACACAGCAUCCUCAGAAUGGCUCCUCCAAGCCGCUUCUUGCCUCGAACAUGCUUGCCUCACGAAAGUCGCCACAAAAGAUCGAUUUUCCAUGGGAUGAGAAGCUCUAUCAAUCUCUGGUAGAGGACAACAAGAAGGAGUUGGAUGGAUUCCAGAAAGAAGAGGAUGAUGCUGAGGAGGCUGCUGGUGAGACCGAAGUGCAGGCCGCACGAGGAAAGCGAGCUGAGUUCUGGGCUCGCGUGGGCGACAAGGACAAGGCUAUCGAGUCGCACGAAGCACUGCUUGAGAAAACGGGGUUUCUGGGCACCAAGAUUGACCUCGUCCUUGCUAUGAUUCGGAUCGGGCUGUUCUUUGGUGAUGCUGCUUUUGUUAAGAAAACUAUCGAACGGGCAGAGACCCUCGUGGAGAGCGGUGGUGACUGGGACCGGAGGAAUCGCCUAAAGGCCUACAAGGGAAUGCAUUUGCUCACAGUUCGUGCCUACAGCGUGGCGGCGCCUCUCCUCCUGGACAGUCUGUCGACAUUCACGAGCUACGAACUCUGCAGCUAUUCUUCUUUGGUGAUCUACUCAGUAUUGGCCGGCUCUUUGUCUCUGAAGCGUGUGGACUUCAAGGCCAAGGUGGUGGAUGCCCCGGAGAUCAAGGCUAUCUUGGGUGCCGGGGAAGACCGUCUUGCUGCUUUAAGUGGAGAGGUAUCUGCAGGUCCCGGUGCUCGUGAGGAAGAGACCAAGGAUGCGACAAUCUCGCGAUCAACACCCGGCUCCGGCCCCAAAACCGCGAUUAAUCUCACCACCUUCAGUACUGGCUCUGCGGAGCAAGCAGAGAACGAAAGCCCGGUGGAUUUCUCUCCAUUGGCCGAACUGGUCAACAGCUUGUACAACGGCAACUACCGCUCAUUCUUCCUGGCUCUCGCCGCGGUCGAGGAUCAAUUCCUGACCCAGGAUCGCUAUCUGUACGAACAUCGGGCAUGGUUCGUCCGUGAAAUGCGUCUCCGCGCCUACCAGCAACUCCUUCAAAGCUAUCGUGUGGUGGGAUUGAACGGCAUGGCGAGCGACUUCGGUGUGACAGUUGAUUUCCUUGACCGCGACUUGGCCAAGUUCAUCUCUACCAACCGCAUCUCCUGCACCAUCGACCGGGUGAACGGUAUCAUCGAAACCAAUCGACCCGACGAUAAAAACAAGCAGUAUGCGGAUGUCGUGAAGCACGGCGAUGCCCUGAUCACCAAGCUCCAAAAGUAUGGUCAAGCUGUCCGUCUGCGUGGAAGUGAACGCAGUUGA